ACAUUGUUACCACUAUAGUGAAGUUAGGUUAAGUUUCAAAUCUUUUAACAAAAUGGCUCGUACGAAACAAACAGCGCGGAAAUCCACAGGAGGAAAGGCCCCGCGAAAGCAGUUGGCCACAAAAGCAGCACGGAAGAGCGCCCCGGCAACCGGCGGAGUGAAGAAACCCCACAGAUACAGGCCGGGCACGGUCGCACUUCGAGAAAUAAGAAGAUACCAGAAGAGCACAGAACUCCUUGUUAGAAAGCUGCCUUUCCAACGACUCGUUCGUGAGAUCGCUCAAGAUUUUAAAACUGACUUGAGGUUCCAGAGUUCGGCCGUGGCGGCUCUACAAGAAGCGAGUGAAGCGUAUCUAGUAGCACUGUUCGAAGACACGAAUUUGUGCGCUAUCCACGCUAAGCGCGUCACGAUUAUGCCGAAAGAUAUCCAGCUAGCGAGGAGGGUUAGGGGAGAACGUGCGUGAAGAUCAAAUAGCUGCUAAUGUAAAUAUAAACUAAUAUUUCAUAGCUUUAAUUAAAAACCGCAAUAGAUGUCAUAUAUUAAAGAAAAAGUGACGAAGCCCUCCAGUGGCGAAGGCCGGAUUCAUAGCUUUUAUAAAUAAUUCCUUGUAAAGUAAAGUAAAUCAUUUAUUUUCAUUUAAUGUGGUUAACCAUAUGGUUAAUAAAUAUUUAAGUAAGAAGUGAAUCUCUGACAAAGCCCUUUUCAGGGCUGCAAAA